AUGUCGGACCAAGAGAGUCUCCGCGAUACCCGAUUUGCCCGUGUUGCGCGAAGCCGGGCAUCCAAGGCUUGUUUGGCGUGUCGGACCAGAAAGGUCCGGUGUGACGUGGUCCAUCGCGAUGGACAAUGCACCAACUGUGUCCUCGACAAACGCCAGUGCAUAGUGAAAUCCAGGCCAUCCAAAUAUGCACUUCAGGAUAACCCACCAACCGACUCAUUCCAGGAGCACCAGGAGCAGCAGCAGCAGCAGGAGGAACGACAAGAACGGCAGCGCUUUCUUUCUGAGGGCUCUUCUAGCAGCCCAGCCGAAGAAAUAACUGUAUCACUGGACCGAUCUACGGAGCGAUCCACAGAGCCAACGCAACACAACCACCUACUCGGCUCUAACGACCUAUGGGAUCUGACUAUGGAUCAUGAAAAUGAUGACAUAUCCGAAACAAAUCAUCCUGAAAUCAGAGAUCGUGCCCCUCGCGCCAUUCCAAUUGGUAAUCCAAAUCCAGCCCCCGAUCACAGCCCACCAGCUCCCAACAAUGGGAAUGAGGACUCUGAUCCUACUAAAUCACACCACCGUUUCCUCGACCAAGCACAUGUGAUUUACUCAUAUUACCCUUUCUUGGAGGUCGACCUCUCUCUACUGUCCGAACUCGACGCCCAGUUCCUGGAGGCGCAGGGGUGUUUCAAAGCCCCUUGCCGACAAGCCGCAGAUGAAUUCAUGCGAGAGUAUUUUCUUCAUGUUCAUCCAAACCUACCUCUGCUUGACGAAUCCGUCUUCUGGAAUAUGUAUCAUCGAAAUGGAUAUGCCACACAGAAUGGCCGCACAUCCUUCUCUCUAUUCCUCUUCCAAGCAAUGCUCUUUGCUUCGUGUAGCUUCAUGUCACUCAAUACCAUACGAUCUCUAGGAUUUACGUCAUUGCGGGACGCGAGGGACACAUACUACCGACGUGCCAAGCUUUUAUUCGACUUUUGUGGAGAAACCAGUCCCGUCGCAAAUGCUCAAGGAGCAUUGUUGCUGUCAUAUAAUGCCACAAUGCGAUAUCAGAAGAGGAUCAACUCGAUUUGGCUAGUAACUGCCAUCCAACUUGCUCAAGCUGCAGGAGCACAUCGGUUCUAUCUCAAACAGGACCAGGACCCAGAAGUUAAGAACGUUUUGAAACGGCUUUGGUGGUGCUGCAUCGUCCGAGAUCGAAUACUACCGCUGGGAGUGCGAAGGCACUUAUACAUCCCCUUGGUAGACUUUGAUCCAGAGAAGGCAGCACUAACAGAGGAUGACUUUGCCCAUGAAAUAGGUUUUUCACGGGUAUAUGAUUCUGAAACAAAAAGGUCCUUGAUUCGGUUAUUUAUCACACUUUGCGACCUUGCAGUUGCACUCACGGAUGUCAUCACGACUGUAUACGCGACGGGUCAGCCUCUCGAUGUCCGCUUUUUGAGUGUUCUCAAACUUCAGCAAACCGUGAGCUGUAUCCAAUCGAGCAAAGUCGGUUUGGAUGCCUGGUUCGAAAGAGCAAGCAUUCGGUUCCCAGCGCCAGCCGGCAUGAUGAGCACCAACAAAUCGCUUGUUCUGUAUACAAACCUGAUGUACAUCUAUUACCAUUCUGCUCGACUGGCACUAUGUCAGUACGAAGCGCUCAUCCUGAGCACGGGCUCGAUUCGGCUUGAGGAUGAGUAUAGCACGUUGCGUCAAACCAGGAUCCAGUUGGAGGACGGCGCCACUGGGAUCACCGAUAACCUAAAAGAGCUGAUUCAACUGAAGCUUGGGACUUACCUUCCUAUAAGCAUUGUAGCGUACGCUGCCCUUCCGCUCGUUUUGCAUAUCCUUGAUGUCAAACUUUCCACGAAAGCGUCGCAAACAGCACAGAAGCAAGGCCGACUCAAUGUCUAUAUGGAAGCCAUGAGAGGGUUUCAGACUCAAUACGACGGUGUUGAUGAUGUCUGGGGCAUCAUAAGAAAAGCUCUCGAAUUCAGCACUUUAGAGCAUUCGGCGCAGGAGCAGACUGACAGUAAUCUCGUGAACGACUCAGUCUCAAAACAUUCAGAUCUCACCCACACCUAUUCCUCGAAAGGCUUGGAGCCCAUCACACCCGCAAGUGGUUGGGGACAUUUAUUUCUCCAACAACCUGCCCUAUACUUUCGACUUGUUCAGACAAUCGACCUUUCCCUUUCGAUGGGACGCUAUUCAGAAAACAGUCUCUUCCCUUUGUCGCCGAAGUCUGCACGCUUUCCUCUUUGUCGCCUACUCAUCGGCGACACGGAUGAUCGUGGUCGUUCUAACCAAGAUCACGAUUCUACGAGAUACGGUAACCCGUAUGGGAUGUUUCAAAGCGAAGACCUGGACUUGGAAGGGCACAAAGACAUAUCCAACCAACCCGCGCCAACGAUGCAAAUACCUAAUGAACUCGGAGGUCCCGCCAACCUGGACCUUGGACUUGAUAACCUACCGAUACCAUUGUUUCUUGACGGCCUUGAAUUUGGUGUCGACGAGAGGGAAACCAACAUGCUGGCAGACUUUUCGUUCCCAUAA